AUGACAAUUAGGCUGUUUAAACUUCUUCUCUGGAAAAAUUAUAUCUUAAAGAAGCGCAUGUUUCUAUCGAGCAUCGUAGAAGUCUUAGUGCCAUUGCUGUUUGCUGGAGUUUUAAUUUCACUUCGUUUGAAGAGCAAACCACAAUAUAAGGAUACUAUAAGAUAUGAUCCUUUAUCCAUUGAUGAUCUACCCGAAGUCUUCGUUCAAUCUUUUCCACCAGAUUUCCUGUUUCUAUUCUAUCUCCCUUCUGGUAAUGAUGUUGCGAGGACCAUUGCUGAGAAAGUGUCAGAGUCCUUCCAGCUUACUUUAAGAGUUGAGGCAUAUUCUGAAGAAGAGAUUCAGAAAGGAGGCUUGUUUCCCCUCAUAUUUUCUACAAUUAUUUUUACUCAGCUCUACGGAAACAGAAGUACACACCUGCCACUUGCGCCUCUGAUGUUCAGUGCUUCUGAGAACUUCUUUGAGAUGUUAGUAGAUGAAGAGAAAAUAGUGAAAGCUAAUGAACAUAAUCCAUUAGAGUGGACACUGGUUGAUUACCACCUGCGCUUUCCUUUCCUCCAAAAGUUUCCUAAGCAACUUGAGAAAGAAGAGAUAGCACAAGUGGUAGAUGGAUGGAAUACCCACCUUCUUUUUCCAGUUUUUGUAUUUUCCGGCCCUAGACAGGCUUCCCUUGCUGACGGAGGAUUGCCUGGAUAUUUCCGAGAAGGGUUUCUGUCUCUGCAACAUGCUGUCAACAGAGAAAUCAUGUAUUACCACAUGAAUGACUCUAUGACUCAGCAGUAUGAGAAAAUCACCAUUACUAUGAAGAGGUUCCCGUAUCCAUCUUACAUUCAGGACCCAUUCGUUUCAGUGUUAGACGAAAAUUUUUCCUUGUUGAUCAUGCUGGGCUUCCUUUGCACUUCAGUCUCCAUCAUCCGUGUCAUUGUUCAGGAAAAAGAAAGAAAAGUGAAGGAGUAUAUGCGCAUCAUGGGACUUAGCAACUGGCUGCAAUGGAGUGCAUGGUUCUUCAUGUACAUGCUUUUCUUCAUUAUUGUUAUCUCAAUUAUGAUCAUACUCUUCUCUCUGAAGGUGCAUUAUAAUGUGUCAGUGCUCACAAACAGUGACCCAACUUUGGUGUUUUUCUUUCUAUUAUGUUUUGCCAUUGCCACCAUCUCCUUCAGCUUUAUGAUUAGCGUGUUCUUUAGUAAAGCUAACCUAGCAGUUGCCACAGGAGGUGUUAUCUAUUUCCUCUCCUAUCUUCCAUUCUUCUACAUCAGUAUUAACAUCUUCCAUGUGACUCACCAUAUAAAGCUAGUCUGCUGUCUCUUUUCAAAUGUUGCCAUGGCAUUGGGGGUACUUUUCAUGAUCAGACUUGAAGGAAAAGGGGUAGGUAUUCAAUGGAAACAUGUGUUGAAGAUUUCCAUGUCUGAGGAAUUCGGCUUUGGAGAGAUGCUGAUAAUGCUGCUAAUUGACAGUGUUUUAUAUGGCUUGGUGACCUGGUAUGUGGAGGCUGUCUUCCCAGGGAAAUAUGGUAUACCUCAGCCUUGGUACUUCUUCGUGAUGCCCUCCUAUUGGUCUGGAAGGCCAAGUAAUGCUUCAAAGAAAGAAGAGCUGGAGAAUGAUGUUAAUACACCUCAGAGAAACACUUAUAUUCAGGAUGAACCUACAGACUUGGCUGCAGGAAUAAAAAUUUGUAAUCUGUCCAAGGUAUUUAAGUCAAAGAAUACCAUUAAAAAGGCAGUAAACAACCUGACAAUGAAUAUGUAUGAGGGGCAGAUCACUGUGCUUCUUGGACAUAAUGGAGCAGGGAAGACCACUACCCUGUCCAUACUGACAGGUCUUUUCCCUCCUACAAGUGGACAGGCAUACCUCAGUGGUUAUGAGAUCUCACAGGACAUAGUUCACAUCCGGAAAAGCCUGGGCUUAUGCCCACAACAUGACAUCUUGUUUGAUUACAUGACAGUUGGUGAACACCUUUCUUUCUAUGUUCAGUUGAAAGGAAUAAGUGGUAAAGAUUGCUCUGAUGAAAUCAAUUAUAUCUUGAGUAUUCUUGACCUGGAGAAUAAGCGCAACACAAUUUCAAAGUCUCUGAGUGGAGGAAUGAAGCGCAAGCUCUCCAUUGGCAUCGCACUCAUAGGAGGAUCUAAGGUGGUGAUGCUGGAUGAGCCAACAUCUGGUAUGGAUCCAGUCUCACGGCGAGCCACAUGGGACCUCCUUCAAAGUCAGAAAAGUAACCGCACUAUUCUAUUGACUACCCACUUUAUGGAUGAAGCUGAUAUUCUGGGAGACCGCAUUGCCAUCCUGGCAAAGGGGGAACUGCAGUGCUGUGGCUCUUCACUUUUCCUCAAACAAAAAUAUGGUGCAGGAUACCAUAUGACCCUGGUGAAGGCGCAACACUGUAACAUACAUGAAAUUGAAAGUCUUGUUCAUGAACAUAUACCAAAUGCCUCUUUGGAGAGCAAUAUAGGAGCUGAGUUAUCAUUUAUCUUGCCCAAAGAAAAUGUGCACAGGUUUCAAGAUUUGUUUGCAGAACUGGAAGAGAGACAAGCAGAGCUGGGCAUCUCUAGCUUUGGGGCUUCUGUUACCACCAUGGAAGAAGUCUUCCUUAGGGUUAGCAAACAGGCUGAUUCUAGCAUGGAUCUGAAGUUCAUCGAACUCCCUUCUAUAAGAACCCAAACCACUUUCAGAUCAAAGAAGAAAAUGGAUCUCACUGUCUUAUACCAGAAGUCUACUAUUUUCGAUGUGGAGUACAACUCUAAGUACAAGCUUCAUUGGCAGAGAUUCUACGCCAUGUUUAUUAAGAAGGUAUUAUUCACUUGGCGCAACUGGAAGAUGAUGGUAGCACAGGCAAUUAUUCCUCUGCUUUGUGUAAUAUUAGUUAUGCAGGUCUUUCAAAUGGAUUUAGACACAAAGGAAACCCCUAUGUUACGUCUGACUUUGAACCAGUAUGGCCGUACAACUGUGCCUUUCUUCAUCUCUGAGACUUCUAGGCUGCAUCCAAAACUCUCAGAUCACAUUUCAAACACUAUUCAAGCUGAGGGACAUGUGCCAUUGGAAGCUUUAGAGCCCAUAGAAGAUUUCCUGUUAUUGAAGGCAAAAGAGGAACCUGAUAUCUUCGAUAAGAAGUUUCUUAUGGCAAUGUCCGUUCAAGAGCAGGAGGAUCAAACAAUCGUCACUGCUCUAUUCAAUAACCAGGCUUACCAUACUGCUCCCAUGGCCUUGUCAAUGGUGGAAAAUAUUUUCUACAAGUUAUUUUUUGACUCCAGGGCUUCCAUUACAGUAACCAAUGCACCUGAGCAGCCACCAACUUUUACAUCUGUUUAUGGAAACCUCUUUCAGGGCCCUAAGGGACAUUUUAUUUCCAUUUCCGUGAUUUUUGGAAUGUCAUUCAUGGUCAGUUCAUUUGCCGUUCUGGCAAUCAGUGAUCGAGUCGUAAAGUCAAAACAUAUCCAGUUUAUCAGUGGAAUCUCUGCAGCUCAUUACUGGCUCCCUUUCCUAUUGUGGGAUUUAUUCAUCAUCUUCAUUAACAGCUUGCUACUUCUGUCCUUAAUGAAAGUAGUAGAUGAAAAAGCUUACAUCCAAAAAGGCCACCCUGAAGCUACCAUUGUGAUGUUAAUGCUGUAUGGCUGGUCUGUCAUCCCUUGCAUGUACCUGAUGAGCUUCCUCUUUUCCGGUUCUGCUUCUGGGUGUGCCAAACUCAUAAUUCUAAACAUCAUUACAGGCACUGUUCCAUUCAUCGUUAUCUCUAUCACAGGGCAAAAUGAACUAGCCCUUCCAAAGGUUACCAAAAGUUUGGAUGCUAUGUUCCAGUUACUACCAAAUUAUGACCUAGCAAUGGCUUUCGCCAACAUGUAUUAUAACUAUGAAAUCAAACAAUUAUGUAAAAUUAUGCAAGUUCCAAAGGAAAGGUGCAAAAACUUGACCCAUCUUGUACCUCAAGAAGAUAUCUACGCAUGGCAGUCUCUUGGAAUUGGAAAGUAUUUGACCUCCAUGGCUGUAACUGGCUUUGUUUUUCUCCUAUUGCUUUUCUUCAUUGAGACAAACCUCUUCAGGAAACUGAAAAUCUCUUUCCGUAAGAUCUUCGAGAGAGAGAAAUCGUCACAGGUGCAUACCAGGCCAUCUUUGAUUUUCAAAGACCAAGAUGUGGAAAAUGAGAGAGAGAGAAUCCUGAAUUCACUUCCAGAGCUAUUGCAGACCACCCCUCUAAUCACUAAAGAACUCACAAAGGUGUAUAGCCAUAGGAAGGCACCUGUCCUUGCUGUGAACAAGAUCUCACUCACAGUCCAGAAAGGAGAGUGUUUUGGGCUGCUGGGCUUCAAUGGAGCUGGGAAAACUUCCACCUUCAGAAUGCUGACUGGGGAAAGCAUCAUCACAUCUGGAGAUGCCUUUAUCAAUGGAAAGAGCAUCCUCAGUAACCUCAAAACGUUACAGGGACAAAUUGGCUACUGUCCUCAGUUCGAUGCCCUGCUGGACCACAUGACGGGACGGGAAAUUUUAACCAUGUAUGCCCGGAUAUGGGGCAUUCCUCAGACCGAAAUCAAAUCUCAUGUGCAAAAUAUGAUACAGAAGCUGCUCCUGGUCCCCCACGCAGACAAACUUGUCAAAACAUACAGUGGUGGCAACAAGCGUAAGCUGAGCACUGGUAUUGCUCUUAUGGGAAAUUCCUCAGUUGUAUUCCUGGAUGAGCCAUCUUCUGGUGUGGAUCCUGUGGCUCGGCGCCUGCUCUGGAAUGCAGUGACUGAGACUCGUCAGCUUGGCAAGGCUAUUGUCAUUACCUCCCACAGCAUGGAAGAGUGUGAAGCCCUGUGCACCAGGCUGUCCAUCAUGGUGAAUGGACAAUUCAAGUGUCUGGGCAGCCUACAGCACCUCAAGAGCAAAUAUGGGAGUGGCUACACCCUACUGGCCAAAAUUAAAGGUGACACUGAUAAGGAAGAAAAGAUGGCAAUUGAGACAUUCAAAACAUUUGUGAAAGAGACCUUUCCAGGCAGUACCCUGGAAGAGGAGCACCAAGGGAUGGUCCAUUACCACUUGCCCAAAGAGAACCUCAAAUGGUCACAGGUGUUCGGCAUCUUGGAAGAAGUCAAAGACAGGUAUAAACUGGAUGACUAUUCUGUAAGUCAAGUCUCACUGGAACAAGUCUUCUUGAGCUUUGCCCAUUUACAAGACUCAGAAACAGAUUGA